CGUGUGGGCUCACUGCUGUCAUGUCGGUUUGCUGUUCAGCGCCUCAAACACUUGAAAAUUUGCUCCAAAUAAACCUCGUAAAACGAUAAUUUAAGUGCUCGAAAAUCCAAAAAAACUGAAAAUUCUGGCGCACAAAACAUCUAGGAUUCGUUAGGAACCAUGAGCGAUGACGAAGAUCUCUUAGCAGAGGACGAAUCGCUGAGGGAUUUUAGUGUUUUGCGGACAAGGGAUUCUGCUAUCAGGCGGCGAUAUCUUGAUUCACUUGGAAAAAUUAUUAAUCUUUGGACGAGCAAGAGCGAAGGAAAUGGAGAAAAAGACGACAAGAAGUCCCUUAUGGAAAUUCUUCCUUCUGUCUUAAUGCUUUCUUUACGAUGUCCUUUCCCGGAUGUUCGAGAAAAGUGCGCUAACAUGGUCGAAAAUGUGAAGUUAAAAGGCUUUCUAGUUCCUAGACCACUUUUCAAGGGCCCCUCGUGUUUUAUUCCUUCAAAAGAGGUACCUCCAAUCAACACUGACGAUGAACAGACACACACUCUUCUUGUCGAAGCCUUCCUUGCCCUUGGCCGUGUGCCCAGCGUCACAGCCAUCAUGGCUAUUCAUCCUCAGUAUUUGGAUUGGUUUUCAAGAACAGAGUUUUAUUUGAUGCGAGGGGAAGGACCAUUACCAUUUGACUGGAGACACUACAUUGCUAUCAUGGCUGCAAGCAGACAUCAGUGCUGCUAUCUUGGCCAUAUCUAUGAGCUAGAGUUUCUAAAGUACAAUGGAGAUAAAGAAUGGCUUAAGGGCCUGGAACAUGUGCCGAGAAAGCUGCAAAGACUGUCUGAGAUCAAUAAGUAUCUUGCUCACCAGCCAUGGCUCAUAGACCCAAGUCAGAUGGAGAAACUUUUAAAAGGGCAGGAUAAUUGGUCACUAUCCGAACUGGUCCAAGCCAUUGUCAUUCUUGCCCAUUUCCAUUCAUUGUCUAGCUUUGUGUUCGGCUGUGGUGUUGUAUCAGAAAUUGAUUUUGAAGCAGGCCAUACCUUUCGACCUCCGUCUCUGAAUGAAGCCAACCAGCCCAGUUUUGAUUCGGCAACAUUAAAUACGAAUGCAAACAUCAAGUCAUCUAUGACUGGAGAUGAGUUGAUGGAGAGGAUGAAACAGGUGCUAGCAGAGCAAGACGUCGGCAUGGAGGCCUCACAAGAAGAAUUGUUUCAACAUUUUGAGAAGCUAGAAAGUGGAGAAUUGGCUCAGUCAACGGCUGAAGUCAGGACAUCUCAAGACUCACCACUUUCUGACCUGGCUCGCUACUUAAAUGACCCAAAAUUCCAUUACAAGGAUUUUGCAAGCAGAGAAGAAAGAGAGAGUAUCUCAACAUUUCGGAUAGGAGAUUGUUCCUGGGAAGAACAUGGUUUCUCGCUAAUUAAUCGACUUUAUCCUGAUAUUGGGACAAUAUUAGAUGAGAAAUUUAAUAUAACUCUUGGUCUUACCUAUUUUACGCUUGGAGACAAGACCAAUGUCGACACAACAGUGUUUAGACUUGCAACAUGGAAUUAUAUCCACUUAGUCUUCGGCAUUUAUCAUGAUGAUUAUCUAUACACAGAGGUUAAUAAAUUAAUGGAAAAAUCUUACAAGAGAUAUAUAAAAAUGGUUGCAACUUGUCCAGAAAAGGUUACUCAAAUGGAUUACAUGGAGUUUAUGCCGCAGCUAACACACUCAGAAAGGGUGCACAUAAACCUUCUCCUCCUAGAAGCAAGAAUGCAAGCAGAGCUGCUAUAYGCUGUGGGAGCCAUUUUGAAAUACAUGAAAUAAGCAGCCUCUGGUUUCCACUGGAAAUGAUAUAGCUGCAACCUAACAUUGUCGGUUUGUCAUUAGAAUUUAAAAGAUUUAAAUUAUUUGGUUAGGUUUUAAUUGUCUUAUAGAUUAGAUUAGAUGUAUACAGGUAUUUCAAGGUUGGUGAUGGUUUCAUUGUAUGUUAUAUGUGCAUACCAAGCCAGAACUGCACUAUGGGUGGUGUGAAUUCUGAAUCAGUGAAAGGUCACAAUAAUAUUUUACUAAUGUUUAACUUAACUACAGAGAAAAAAUAUCGCUCUGGGAUCCUCACAAGUACCCUACAUUUCAUAUUCUGGCUGCGUUACCAGCGUGGUUGGUCCUUGAAGUGUAGUGGUUAACACAUUGGACUGGAAUACCAAAGUCGUGAGUUCGAUUCCCACCAAGGGCAUUUGAUAUUUUUCUCUUAUUCUCAAUAUUUUACUAAGGUUUUUCUCUGCAUGUUUUUCUUGCAUAUUUUUAUGCUGACAUUAUUUACAUAAUAUGAAUACAAUACAUUUCAAGUUUGGUAAGCAACAUGCUUCAUGCUGAAAAACCUUCAACCUCCUUCAAAAUAGCUGUAUAUAUCUGCUACGUUCUGGUGCAUGGCAUAUACUUGUUUGCUGCAUUCUUUGCUGCAAAACAAUUUUCAUUUAUUUUGUACCCCACUGCUACUCCGAAYGCUGACAUGUCUUAGAUUAACACCUGAGAUUGAGAUUUAAAAUAGUUCUCUUAAGCCUGGGAAUAAUGGUUGCACAUUUCAGACUGUGUUAUUCCCUAAAGUAUAAUUUCUUUGUUUAAUGGCCAUGCAUAAGAAGGCACAUCGAUAUGGAUAUUACAGCUUGACUAAAAAUCUCAUUGUCAAAGAAUGACACAUGGUCUGGGAUGGGAAAAUAUUAUACCCAAAGUUAUGAGGUCUUCAUAUAUCAGGGCUUAAAAUAACGGCCGGACAUAUGACAAUGUCUGCCCAGAAUUGGAACUUGUCUGGUCAAAUCGUUGCCAUGCCACUCAUUUUGACUGGUAACUUUGAGCCAGAAAUGAGGUAUAACCAAGCUAAAACUAAUUUCACUGCUCGUCAUUACCAGCGACUCACAGACUGUUAUCUUAAGCUCCAUAUAUGAAGCAGUGGUAAUAAGGUAAUCAACUGUCCAUCAAAUGGAUGAAAAUGGUGACAUUGGAGAAUGCAAGGGUACAGAAUAACAAAUUUAUCACCAGACAUUUUAAGCUGUAGCUAGUAAGGUCCAUGUCAGAUUGUACUCAGUGAUUGAAAAUGCUGCCAUCAACACAUAGGUUGAUUUCAGCUAGAAAGAGUUAAGUCAUAUAAAUACCAAAAAAGCCUUAUUCAAAAAUCAAGGAAAAAUAUUCUAGAGAAAAAAAAGAAAAAGAAACAAAGUGAUUUAAAAAGUUUUUCAUUUAAUGGAACUAUAUUUUUUCUAUUCCAUUAAAAAUGAGGAUUUUUAAUUUAACAUAAAUUUAUCAAAAUGUUUCAAUUGGUAACUUAUUAUUAAUGGAAAAACUUUUGACUUUUAUAAUAGCUUUUCUUUAUAUCAUAAUCAAAAGGUAGUUGAGUUGACCUUCAGAAAUGUCAAGGUCAGCCAAUCAGAAGCACUCUGGGAAUAUUUAAAUUAGUCAAAGCCAAUUAGAACACACAUAGAAAUAGUGCUCAGAUUAGAACGCAAUUAAAAAUAGCUCUCUCUCUCUCUCAGAAUGCAAAUAUUGUUCUAGAAUAUUCUUGACAGCUUACCACAGCUUUAGGCUAAUUUAAGGCCUGUCUAGUCUCUUUAAAAACUUAAAAAUUACUAUGGUUAACUAAUCCAAA